CCAAAAAUAUAAUAAUUAUCGCACUCGCAAUAGUAGUCUCGCAUCGGCCAGAUGCGAGCUGCUUAUUUCCAUGUUUAGUGAACGGGCUUAUGAUUAUCCUCGGGAGAAUGAAGGAAACAAGGAACUCUUUUGUAAUGGCGAAAGCUUGGUACUGAAGUGGCUGGAAACCUAUCCAAAACCAUGUCUUUCACACGCCAACACCCCACUCAUCCAUUUCCUUUCAUUCACUCCCACCAUCCGUACCACCACUCUCCUAAACCUUUCAUUUCACUGCUCUGCAAAACCCCAAAGCGCUUCUCUCUGUUUGCAACUCCACCCACUUCCGCCACCUCUCACUCCUCAGACCUCAUUUUUCUCCCUUUUCUCCAAGAUGAAAAAUUACAGCAAGAAGAAGAUGACGUAGAAUCACCAGAUGAUGUAGAAGAAGAAGAAGAAGAGGAGGAGGAGGAGGAGGAGGAGGACCCAGAAGACCCAAUGAUGAGGUUCUUCAAGUCUCGCACUGCAGAUUCAAUUAAAGACCCUCAGCCCGAAGGUAAACUUUCCCUCCAAAAGAAUCGCCGAUCUUCUUGGCACCUUUCCGUCGGAAUCGAAUCAGUAGAGGAACCCGAAAUCGAAUUCGAUGCUGAAAAAACUGUCAUUGAAGAAAAAGAACAAAUAGAUUCUGCGAGCUCGGGUUCGAGCGUAUUGCCCGAGGGCGUUGUGGGUGAGAUUUUUCAAAUUGCGAGGGACUUACCGGAGAAUACGACUAUGGGAGAGGUAUUGGGGGGUUUUGAAGAAAGGGUUGGUGAGAAAGAGUGUGUGGAGGUGUUGGGUCUAAUGGGUGAGGAAGGUCUUCUAAGGGGCUGCUUGUAUUUCUAUGAAUGGAUGAGUUUGCAGGAACCAUCGCUUGUUUCGCCUCGGGCAUGUUCCAUUUUGUUUCCGCUGAUGGGGAGAGCUGGGAUGGGCGAUGAGCUGAUGGUCUUGUUUAGGAACUUACCAUCUAAGAAGGAAUUCAGGGAUGUUCAUGUUUAUAAUGCAGCAAUUUCAGGGCUUUUGUGCAGUCGAAGGUACGAUGAUGCUUGGAAGGUGUAUGAGACAAUGGAAACAAAUAAUGUGCAUCCGGAUGAUGUGACAGGUUCUAUUAUGAUAACGAUCAUGAGAAAAAGUGGCCGUAGUGCAAAAGAUGCGUGGGAGUUCUUUGAGAGAUUGAACAGAAAAGGGGUCAAAUGGAGUAUAGAGGUUUUAGGAGCUCUAGUUAAAUCAUUCUGUGAUGAGGGCCUAAAGAAACAAGCCCUUAUCAUCCAAGCUGAAAUGGAGAGGAAAGGGAUUUCCCCAAAUACCAUAGUGUAUAACACAUUAAUUGAUGCUUUUGGUAAAUCCAAUCAAAUUGAAGAAGCUGAAGGUCUUUUUGCUGAGAUGAAAGUGAAAGGGCUAAAACCCACAUCUGUCACAUAUAACACUCUAAUGAAUGCAUACAGCAGAAGAAUGCAGCCUGAGAUCAUCGAGAAACUCCUGAUUGAAAUGCAGGAUACGGGCUUGAAGCCAAAUGCCAAAUCAUAUACAUGCCUCAUUAGUGCAUAUGGGAGGCAGAAGAAGAUGAGUGACAUGGCUGCAGAUGCAUUUUUGAGGAUGAAGAAAGUUGGCAUAAAACCUACUUCACAUUCUUAUACAGCUCUUAUCCAUGCUUAUUCGAUCAGUGGCUGGCAUCAGAAAGCUUAUACUGCAUUUGAAAACAUGCAAAGGGAAGGGACAAAACCCUCAAUAGAAACAUAUACGGCUUUGCUGGAUGCAUUUAGGCGUGCUGGUGACACCCAGACAUUGAUGAAAAUAUGGAAGUUGAUGAACAGUGAGAAAGUUGAAGGGACUCGAGUGACAUUCAACAUUCUUCUUGAUGGAUUUGCCAAGCAAGGUCACUACAUUGAGGCAAGGGAUGUCGUAUCUGAAUUUGGAAAGAUAGGAUUGCAGCCAACCGUUAUGACAUAUAACAUGUUGAUGAAUGCAUAUGCACGGGGAGGACAACACUCAAAGUUGCCGCAACUGUUGAAUGAGAUGGCAGCUCUGAAUCUAAAACCUGAUUCUAUCACAUAUUCAACCAUGAUCUAUGCUUAUGUCCGUGUUCGUGAUUUCAGGAAGGCAUUUUUUUAUCACAAAAAGAUGGUAAAGAGUAGACAAGUUCCAGAUGCCAGAUCCUAUCAGAAGCUUAGGGCAAUUUUGGAUGUAAAAGCCGCAACAAAGAACAGGAAAGACAAGAGUGCUAUACUUGGUAUAAUUAAUAGCCAAAUGGGUUUGUUGAAAGCUAAGAAGAAGAGAAAGAAAGAUGAAUUCUGGAAGACCAAGAAAAGACAUGUAAGAACUCAUAACUCUGAUCAUGGUGGACAGUGAUGAGGCUAUCUAUGGAGCUCGGUGGUACUGCUUGUAAGAUCAGCCCAUUGGCCAUGUGUAUGGUUGAUCGAUCUUUCACAUUUUCGUCCAAUGGCUCCUCCAGAACUUCUUUCAUGUCAAGACCCUGCCUCAGUUGCUGCAAAAGAGGAGAAGCUUAGUCAGGCCAUCUUUUUAUUAUUAAAGCCUUCGCAGAGUAGUUCUCAUCCUUGAAUUGGAUUCCCUAAGAGCACGAUCUAGAGAGAGAGAGGGAGAGAGGGAGAGA